ACGGAAGUCACUUCAGUCUCGCUGCGGAGUGACAACAAAACAAACGAAAGGGAAACUCAUCAUGUUCAUGAUGAUCGAUCAGCUGAAGACUUGAUUAUGGGAUGUUAAAGGUCUAAUAUGGAUGAUAUGGAGGAUGAUGGUUUGGAAGCGCUUGAUGAUCAUAAUCAUAAUUCACGCGCUCUAUGUUCACCUGUGCAGGUGUGUGUGGAUUCAGACUCGAGCAGUGACACGUGUGAAUCAGACAGCAGUGCAGCAGCGCUCGUGCUUAACUCCAGAUUCCUCAUGAACGCUAUGACUGCAGAAGACUACAGGACGGUUUACUGGCCCAAACUGGAGAGCGCCAUCGAUCAGCUGCUCACUCAAAGCCCAUUGGAUCACAUCUCUAUCUCAUAUGAACAAAUAUAUAGUCAUGUGUAUAAAUGUGUGUGUCAGCAGCAUUCAGAACUGCUGUACAAUGACUUGAUGUGGAAAAUCUCAUCUCAUCUGGAUCGAGUCUCUUCGGAGUUGCAGGCCAGUCCACCCGAGUGUUUAAUUGAAAACUUCAAUGUUGCUCUCACGCAGUAUACAGCCGCCCUUCACUGCAUUGUUCCAGUGUUUAUCUAUAUGAACAAGUUCUACAUUGAAACUAAGCUGAACAGAGACCUGAAGGACGAUCUUAUGAAGCUCUUCUCUGAUCGUGUAGCGGAGAAACACGUAAACACGUUACUACCACUUCUUAAAAAUGCUCAUUCCAUGCCAUUUCAAGUCAAACCAUCAACAAUGGCAAGUGUUGUGAAAGGCCUUUACACCCUCCGACCAGACUGGGUUCCUCUUGCACCGGCUCUGUUUUCUAGCUUCAUUCCUCAGAUUCAUCCUCCUGCUGUCGAAUCUCAGCUCCCGUUUUACGCUGCUCAAGACAAAAAACUUCAACUGGAGUUGUCAGAAAACGGCUUCUGCAGGGGCGACCAGUCGCGGAAGCGAUCGAGCGAGGAACCGUGAUGGCCGUGUGGAAGUUCACUUCAUCUGAUUUUAGAAAACAAUCUGAGAAAACAUUGCAGAAACACUUCACCUAUACUCAGUUCUAGAAUUGUUUGGGAUUCUCAGUUGUUUUGGGAACUCAGAAAAGCAUUACAAAUCUAUACAGACCUGAUAAUCACUAUAGCCUUCCUGGUGUGGGCAAAGACGGCACAGUUUCUGACCUCUUAGUAUUUUUGAAUGGCACGUCGAGUUGGAUCUAGAUCUAUAACUAUUUUCAGCAUUUGUUGUGCUUGUUCUGGAUUGAUUUUAUGCAGAGAAAGAAGAUCGUCAUGGUCUUCAAGUUGUGGAUGAAGGUAUUUAGCGUUUCCUCUUGUUUUGUGUGUUCUUAACUUUGGAUUACUACUAAAGAGAAGCAACUUUAUGAGCUGUAGUUCACACUGUUUUAAGCUGUUUUUACCAUGCUCACUGUACCAUUUUACCUGAUAACAAUGUGCCUUUCUUCCUUCCAGACUUUAAGUGGAAUUUGUUAAGUAAAUGAAUCAUAUGAUAAGACAACAGCAACCGUUGAUUUGUUUUUCUCAUGAGAACUAGUGCAUUACAUCUAGUAUGCUGCAUUGUGAAACCUGAUAAUUUCUGUAAAACAGCACAGGUUAAAAGACAUGAGGUGAAAUAUAAAAAGCUGCUAAUAAUGGAUCUGGAAUGAGAGCAUGUCACUCAAACUAGAACAUCUAUUACUGUAUAAUCUUACAUUAAUAAGUCAUUAACUGUCAUUAUUUGAUACACAUCAAUAGUUAAUGUGCAGCUCAUAUUCAUAUUUAAUGUACAUGAAGUACUAAUCUGCGUUAUGUAAUGUUAGUUUAAUGACUUAUUAAAUUAUGAAGUUUUAAUUAUUACCAAACAAUGUAUUGAAUUAAUCACAAUGCCAAACAGAAAACGUUAACAGUUUAAAUAUUGUUAAAUAAACAGUUACUUUCAAAACAA